AUGCCUUCGUACAGCCAAGAAAUAAUAGACCUAAAUUCGAACGAACGCAGUGAAUACAAGAACACUAAAGAGAGUAAAAGCGACGAAGUAAAAUACGCUACCACCGAUCUAACGAAUAGCGUUCCGGAGGGCUUGAACGCUGACCAGAAGCUUAAGUUCGCACUUCGCGAUUUCCUCAGCCCCACAAACCCAGUUCUGGAGGACAGCGUAAAGGAUGAUCCGGCUCCAUCCAUUCUAGAGCAAAAGUUGCCCUUCAUAGAUGAGCAAGUCGACACGGACGACGCCGCACAGUCCGACGAAGAGCAACAGCAAUGUAGGGAAACGGACGAGGUCCUCAACAACGCCGCUUGUCGCUUAAGGAGGUGGCGGGCAGCGUCCCGGAAACUUCGCCGGCCCCGUAUCAUCGAUAACUUGAGCACCAAGGACGAAGGCGGUUACGCCACUAAGAAUUUCAAUGGGGGGCACACCGACCUAGCGGAUCGUCUGCGGAGCCUGGCAGCUGCCGGCAGUAUGUCCGCCUCCGCUGGUGAGCUACUCUCGCUGGCGCCACCACCGCCCGCUGCCACUGCACCGCCAUCACCCGGUUGUCUGCUAUCCCCCACAUUGGCAGAUCAGAGCUCCGCAGAAUACUUCGGUUCAAGUCCUGAAUGCUGUGCUGAUACCAGCAGCUUUGAAAGCUCCAGUUCGGCGGGAGCCCCCGUGCCACCGCCCGGUCCACGCUACAAGCUAGCCAAAGAAGGCACAUUGAGAGUUUGCUGCUUCCAGCACACGAGGACUGUCGUGGACAAAAUUCUUGCUGCGAAGUUUCUCAGAAGAUGGGAGACGCAUGUUUUUUGCUUACUAGAAGAACAUAUUGUUUCCAAGACGCCGUCCGGUCUUCUAGAGCGGCCGAUGUCAUACAGUUGCAUGCAAGAGGUAUACUGCAUAUCCAGAUGGGAUCCCGCCCGUAAAUACUGUUUGCGUAUCGUCAUGCCGAACGGCUCGCUGUUACUACAGGCUAAUGACGCUUACACAAGAGAUCAAUGGUAUUAUUCCAUCAUCUGGAAAAGAAACAUGAUAAGGUAUCGCAAUUUUCUAACGAAAACAGUGAGGAAGGAGGUGGUACUAAAAGAACUAAAGAAUAUGGUGGACUUUGCCAUGACAACACCCCUGCAGGACGAGAGCGUGACGCGGGCGCCCCUGCAGAUUCUGACCGACCUGCUCUCCGAGAACAAGGACAGUGCUGAUUGGGAGGAGUGGGCGGAGAACGUGACAAGCGCGGCCGCACCGCUCCUAGCGGAGCGAUGCGUGAACGGGGAACUGUGCGCUUUGCUCGCGCGCCUGUGCAGGCGGCGUCCGCGCGCCGCUCCGCUGCCCGCUCUCGCGCCGCCCGUGCGCCGCGUCCUCACCCGGAACGUGGAUUUCGGAAAGGCGCCCGACGCCAGGCGAUUUGUGCGAGAUUAUAUCAGUGCGUUGAGCGCGCACAACUCGGGGCCGGCGCUCGUGCGUCGCUUCGUCACCGUGACGCACGGCGAGCGCGCCGCUUGCCCGCACCCGCGCGCCGCGCCCAACCUCGCGGCGGUCGCGCUCGCCGCGCUCGACGACCACUACCGCGGCAGCGCGUUGCCGCACCGCUGCGACGACGCCGAGCACGACGUGCUCUGCUUCGCCGACAUACUGGAGCACAUGUGCGAGUACGAGGACUGGGUGGUGGUGGUGGGCGCGGUGCUGCAGCCGGUGCCGCUGUGCGCGGGGGCGCUGGCGUGCGCGCGCGUGGCGGCGCGGCUGGGCGGCGUGCUGCGUGCCCUAGCCCGCGACCCGCGCUGCUCGGCGCACGUGAGCGUGGCGCCGGCGUGCGCCGCUCGCCCCAGCCCCCCCUCGUGGCUGCGCGCCGCGGCCCCCUCCGACCCCGCGCUCGUGCUGCCGCACCAGCAGCUCUGCGAGCUCUGGGGAUCGAUGAUUGGUGCCUUGCUGAACUGCUGCUGCAAAAGGAAAAGUUUCCUCCAAAGCAUGAGCAAGCAGCUACCCGAUUUUCUUCUGGUCGCUCUAACUGAACAUCCUGCCGCGUUGGAAGCGUUGUGUCUUAUGCUCGAAUGGGAAAUAGCUAGCGGAGAACAGAUCCAGUUGGAGAUAAUAGCGGCCUUGCAAGGCACCGAAUUGGGACAAAAAUACUAUAAGGAUCUCUGUGAACGUCAGCAAAAUCUGCAGAAGCUGCAAGCGGAGGGCGGUCCGCGCCGCUUAGCUUUGCCCGUUCGCGCGACGGACGCAGACGUUGCCGCUCUGUUGGAGGCGGGAGCGCUCGGCAACCUCGAGUGCCUAUCGCUCGCCUUCACUAGCGUCACCAGCGCAUGCGCUCACCACCUCAUCAAGUUACCGUCACUACGAUACUUGAACUUGUGGGCAACUAAGUUCGGCGACAGUGGCGUUCAGCUUAUUGCGGAGCAUCUACCGCGUUUGCAAGUGCUCAACCUUUGCGAAACUCCGGUCUCGGACAAGGGAAUAGAAGCUUUAUCAGGACUAUCGAGUUUGAGACGUUUGAACCUGAACAGCACCAAGCUGUCAGCCGAAGCGUUCGAAAUACUCCGCCGCAGGCUGCCCCAACUGCAAGAGUACGACAUACGCUACACAGAAGCAUGG